UGCGUGAUAUGUAAUUCAUAGUUUGCUGUUCGCGAACGGCACGAGUAAACAAAUUCGUCAAGUUCAUCGUUUACUGAACUAAUCAACUUGCUAGCGGAGCGGUUUUUUUUUCACACAAAAUCUGAGCGCGAAUCACGUCACGAGUCAGUUAAUUCGUUUAUAGAACUACUCUGUGCAUUAAAAUUUGUACUUAUUUCUAUGUGUAUUGGAAAGAUAUUAUGAUAAUUAACGUAAUUGCUUGGAAAGUUGAUUACAUUAUUUACAAUAAUGGAUUUUCCACUGUAGUAAUUGAAACAAACUUUCCAUAAUGGGGUAAAAAUCUACGCGAGUAGAUAAUCGCACAUUUAUAACGUGCGCUUAUAAAAGAACUGUGUAAUUGUGAAAUUCUAAGAAUAGAGAUUUCAAGAGUAGAAAAACAAAAUUACCGCCGAAUUACAAAUCGUAAAGAAAUCAUAAAUCACGAAGGUCCACAUUGGAGAACGACGGAUUUUCAAAAAACUUUUACGAAUAGCGAAUUGUAAAUCACACAUAUCCUGAUGUUAGCUUUAGAGUGGCAUAAUAUUUCUUGACACGAGUUCAGAAUCUAAUCAUAUAAUACAUAAAACGACACACAAUGCGCUACGAGUACGAGAAGAUGUACGUAUGAGCUACACAAAAAAUAUUUUUUUAUUUGCAAGAUAGAAGUACGAAAGAUCAUGGAAUUUUUGCUUUCUAUUAAAUUGCAUUUAUAUUAACAAAUUCAGUCUUGAAUUAAUAAGAUUCUUAUGUGCACUUUUGCGAACUACAAUUUAGUAUGUCAUUCACAUUCGUGUAACUCGAUUCAAGGUUUGGCACACAGCAUCCAACAAAGUACGUGAUCGCACAGCAUCCAUCGAUACGACAGCGAAGUAUCAACUUUUGCUGAGACGCUACAAAUCCACCCGAGUAAUAUUAAAAUAUUUGUAACAAAGUGCUCGGGUAAUUUUAAAUCGUGCUAGUUGUAAAAAAAAGUGAUUUUAUUACAUCGAAAUUAAUUGCAAUUCACGUUAACAAUAUUAUCAUCACUUCCUUUUGCUCUUUACUUUCAUUCUUUUUCUCACUCCAAGAGACUGUUCUGUGUCAUCGUCUUCGUUAUUACCACCGCGUUUCCGCUUGCCCGACUUUCUCUUCGAUGUUUUUGAUGUCCUGGGGUGUUACAAUAACGUUUAUAUGUAAUCGUCUACGUCUCUUAUCAAAUCGCCAGGGUUGAGACUCGCGAUCACGUAAAUUGCGUUAAUUUCUUAACACGACCAGUGUUUGGACAACCAAUCAUUAUACGGAAUAUGGCCCGUGUUAUGGGAACAAAUUCACGUGAGUUCAAGAAUCAAAGUCUCAUAUAAUGGCUGUGUUCCAAAAAUCACUACCAGCGCUGAAGAUCUAUGGUGCACGUAGAUUUUUAUAUUCACGUGAAGCUUUUAAUUUCUCAUGUUUCCACUCUGGGGAAAAAAUUACACGAUCGCCACCCUGGUCUCUAUCUCUAGUCUUCAUAGUUCAUGGUCGUGUUGAGGUACUGUAGUUCGUUAAGCGGACGUUUCAAAACGACUGGAAAGGACAGAUGGAGGGUACGCCGGGAAAGAGAGCUCGAAUCUCUCAGGAGGAAGAUCCUGGUGUGUCCAGAAGUGACGACGUGAUGCAAAGUGACGAGAAUACGUUGAGCCUGUGUCCCAGUCUAAACCAAGAAUCUCUGAGAAGUAUCUUUCAAUAUUUAAAUGGCAGAGAGCUAGGGAAUGUCGCGAUGAUGUGCAGUUCCUGGUUGGAAGCUGCAUACAAUGAAAUAAAUACGAGGGGUCCUCACUUUGCAAAGGCACGCAUCGAUAGUGUUAAAAUUUUAACUGAAAUCUACGAAAUGAGAAUUAAACCAUCGGUAGGAUUCUGUUUUUUUUGUACAUACGAUUUUUCAGUCAUUAAUACUGAACCAGAAAACCCGAAUGUGACAGUGAAAUUAUUUUCACUGAUAAACUAUUGCAACAUAAAAAUAACAGUUGACUAUCAGAAUAUAAUUAGUACAAUUGGUAAUUGUAAGACAUCUGUGUCAAGUCAGGGGACAGAAAAUAAAACGUCUACAUGUUUUAUGUUAUUCUGUAAACAUAACGGCCUCCUCACAGCAAAACGUUGGGCCUCAGUCAUGCAAGAAAGCACAGAAGCCGAAAUUGAUUCUGUAUGGGGCGGUGUGUUCGAUAAAGUUUUGUAUAAUACAAAUAUGACGGUUGACGCAGGUUGCGUCGCUGUUGUGAUUACUGGUUCUGUACAGACGUGGUCCACGAUUUUGGAGAAGGAAUGUAAUACAGAAGAGCAGAUCUGGGCGAGAUUGAUGUUAUUUAAAGACAAAGUAAAGUUAAAAAAACAUUCCGUGGGAUUCGUAUACAGGUCCAGGAUUCGCGAAAAACGCCUGCUCCAUGAAUCUUACUUAAUAGUAAGGAUAUGCGAAAGAUUGUUCCCCAAGGUACCCAUAGUAGGUUGCACUGGUAUUGGCGAAUUUGGAAAAACUACCGGCGAUGAAGUAAACGAAGAAAGUGAGCAAUCUUUUCUUACCGUAAUGAAAGUAUCGUUUCCUGAUAGAAUGAUAUACCUACAGUUUUCUCCUUAUUUUAGAAAAUGGCAAAGAGGAUCACAAAUGUACAAUUUCUUGGUAUAAUGAACACUCUAUUGUGAUUUUGAUACUUACAUAUAGUUGACGCUUUGCGAGAGGAUAUGCGUGAAUGCUGCGUGAAACAUUUUAUCUCGUGCACUGCUAGUUCUAGAUUUUGUUCCGAUCCUCUUCUUUGUUAAAAAGUCAUGGAAAAAAGCUCAGAUGUUCACAGAAAAAAAAGUGAAUGUCUUAACAAUAACUCCGUUUUUUUUAUUCUUAGAUGUAAUUUGCGAACGAGUUUUGUACGAGUCUUAAAGUAAUUCUACUGAAAAAUUAGAAAAAUGAUAAUUUAUGUUAAUAUAUUACGUUUUGCACUGCAUAUGUUUUCCAUUUCAUUUUCUGCAGCGCUUGUUCCAAAUAAUUUAUCAUACUCGAGCAAAUUAUAUCGAGCAAGUAAUCGUUCAUCGAGUGUUGUCUACAAUGUUUGAAACACGUGCGGAGCCGUUACUACCGGUAAGAUACACCAAGGCUCGAUCAUGAAUCUUUAUGAAUUUUAAAUUCCUCAAUGAAAUUUUUCACUUUUCAACUUCACAACGAUUUUACGCUGGCGGAAAGAAUUCGUUACCGAGCCUACGGUGCGAAGGGUAGAGUCGAAGUAACCUUUGUUCUUCGAUAUUCUGUGUACUUUGAAAGUUGCCGCGGUCGUCCUCCUUUCACGAGGUUCAAAAUAAUUCGUCCGUUGCGAUUGGUCAAAUUUCAAUCUAAAUUCUAUCUCGGUCCGUAGUUCGAUUUCAGACUCUGCGCACAAUAAAGAAAAUACAAUUAAGCAAAUGUUAGAAGAGAGAAAAAGUGUAACGCACAAAAAGAAUAAAAUAUAAACUUAGUCGUGUCACACAGCCUAUCCAAAGUAUUUAUAUCUCAGCUUAUAAAUUUAAAUAACAUGGAUUUAACAUCCAUUCCUAAUAUUUCCUUUGUUAUGCUUUAG